UCUCGGAUAACAAACGCACGAGGAAGGUCGACGAUUCACUGGUAUCAUUUACAAAGCAAUCACUGGUUGAACAGAAGCAUGUCACCGGCGAUAGCACAUUCGCACGCCCGGCUGAUUCUCUGGUGUCUAACGAUCGGCCUUGGUAACUGUCUUUUACCUGAUGAAAUUCACGAGCUCGUCCAAUCGGUGGAGGCUUGGAGAGACUGCCCAGAGGCGACCAUGUAUCAGGAGUACCUAAAGUACUGCACCUCCAUCUUCGUGGAAAAUCUGCAAAAGCUUGGCAACGAGAGUGACAUUUGCCUCUGGCCGGAUGCGUCUUCCACUGCUAUGGAACCCUACAACCACCUAACUCUCUGCUUGGGGAUCGCCGCCAACGAAACCAACUGCAAAGAAAUGAUGCUCUUCAACAGGUUCAUGCUCGCCAUCCACCGCCACUUCUACUCACACUGCGACACACCGCCGGAGAAGCCGAAAGACGCCCCGAAAAAGAUCAUCGCAUCGUUCGUCAGUCUAACAACGGUGACGACUCUGUUAGCGGCGGGGUUGCUUGCAGGCUCCGAUUAUAUUCACAGGGCCAGCUGACAUAAAACGGGGUCCUGUGAAGAUCAGGACCCCACUGGCCAGGAUUUGGGUGAAAACACCGAUACGACACCUAAAAACCUUGAAAACUCCUGAAGAGACCAACAAUACAUUGUAGUAUAUUUACGAAGGUACAAUGUAGACUUGCGAGUCAUUUGGGUUGGGGAUAUGAUUCAUAUUUAGUGUAUUUAUAUGUCACAAAAUCCAAAGUUGUACCCAACACAAUGUACAUGCAAUCUAUUUUCGUAAUAAUUUUACAACUUUAUGACAUAAUUGAAUAACAGUCCUUUACUGCAUUGCCAAAGUUUUUUGUUUUCUAUUGCGAGAGGGGGGAUACAAGCUUAGUCAUGUUAAGGACCGCGUUUUUUGCACUGCAGUGCCACCCAGCGUUGAGAAGAAGGAAAGGUUAUUAUUACAGAUGAAGAAGCAGAAAAACUAGCUGUAUUACCCAAUGCACAUUUUUAAGCCAACAAUUUUUUUUACUGCAUUUUGAACCUGUGUAUUUUUAAAAAAAUCCGAAGUAGGUAGUAAGAAGAAUACUUAAGGAUUUGAAAUUCAUAUCAGGCAACAUUCUUGUGAUUUAUUCAGCUCACAUAUUUUGUGAAGCAAUUUUAGUUUUUGAGUGGAAAAUGCGAGUGGAAUAAUUUCAGGACUGGGAAAUUUGAUAUAGUAUAAAUUAUCCAAUCUAAAUUUGGACUAUUAAUGUAAUUGACUUAGGUUUCACUUUACUUACCAUAUUGCUCGAACACAACUUGUUAUGCCAUGGCAUGGCAUUUAGAAAAUUGCAGGCCAGUUUUCAUUCAUGCAAUUACUAUUAUUAAUGUGUCAACACACUGCAAAUGUAUGGACUAAUUGGUGUGUCUACUAAAAUACUGUAUUUCUUGAUGAGAUGGAUUGAAUAUAAAUAUUGAAGAAAAAAACACUAGCUGUGUUGUUUGUCUUUUGCAAGAACAUUUUGCAAUAUCAAACCCAAAAACGACAUCUGUCAGGUGUAAUUGGUAAAACUAGGAAUAUUUCUAGACUUUUUCCAAUUUUCUUUAGGUGAACCAGUCAUUGGGAAUAAAGAAAAUGGGACAAAAUAUAUAAUGCAACAAAAAUGCAUAUAUACAUGUAAAAAAACUGCCAACCAUGCCAAUUUGAAACCUCUGCUUGGAGAGUAUAUGGAUACAAUCCAUGCCAAAUCAAAUUUUAACCACAAAACACACAACAAUACAUAAUUGUUAUUUAUAGAUAUUUCUGAGAUCAAGAAUAACACUCACACAAGAUGUUUUAGUGCAAUAGAUUUAAUAACAUCAACGUCAACAAAAGAAAUAGCAGCCCAUGAGUCUAAGUGGUGAAAGCAGAAAGCUUAGUAUGACCAUAUAUAAAUAUUGCACAUUCUCACACAUUUUCGUCUUUAUUUGUUAAAGAAAAAAAAAUGCCUGCGGAUCUGAUAAUGGCUAUAGAGUUCCCACACUAUAUUAAACAAAAUGAAAUUAUCUGACAUAAUAAAUUGCCCAUCUUUUCAAAGCUCCACUAUGCAAGCAAACUAGGGUGCAAAACCCUUUUG